GGAGAGAGAACUGCAAGAGUCACACAGGGGAAGGCAGGCAGGCAGGAGCAGGGGCUCAGACACAAAGUGUAAAGUGUCCAAGGAUCCUGCACAAGGCACUGCUGGACUGGAGAGACAUCACCGCACAACCAAGUCCUCCAAGGCUCACCACUCAUGGACCCUGAGACAGCAUGACCACAAAAAGCUGAAAAAAUAUAACAUUUGUUUCCGAGAGAAAGCUCUUGGGGAAGCAGGGAAAAUUGCUGUGUAUGGUAACUGUCUCCCUGGGGUGGAGAAGAAGGGGGAUGUGUGGAUGCCUUCUCCCUUGUCCUACUAGUUAGCAAAAACACCCCCCAAAAAAAGAAGGAUUUUGCACAUGCAAAGGAAAUUUUGCCAUUCUGCAUUGCUGUUACAUGUCCCUGGAAGAGGAUAAGAGGGUGGAGAGUGUCUCUUAAGUUGCUCCUGCUUUAGAUACUUGGAUUUGAUGCUUAUCCGGUGGAUUAUGGCUCCAGGUCGGGAAGGAUCCUGCUGCUGUUGCUGCUUGUGGUGGCCCCUGACCAUCAGCAUCUUCAUAGCUUCAGUCUUCCAAGGAGCACAUUCUCAAAUGGUACUGGUAAAUGACACAGUAUCGGGAUAUGUUGGCACAGAUGUUAUACUUCAUUGUAGCUUCAUCAAUCCUCUACCCAAUGUAAAGAUCACUCAGGUCACAUGGCAAAAAUCAACAAAUGGAACAAAACAAAAUGUGGCCAUUUACAACCCUAACAUGGGCCGCUCUGUCCUCCCUCCAUACAAAGAACGUGUGGAUUUCCAGAACCCCACCGUCCUUGACGGGACCAUCCACAUCAAGCGUCUACAGCUGGAAGAUGAGGGGGCAUACAUCUGCGAAUUUGCAACUUUUCCCACAGGAAACCGGGAGAGUCAGCUGAACCUCACUGUACUUGCCAGACCCACCAAUACAAUGGAAGAAACUUCAAUACAGCUGGUUGCAAAUUCAAGGUCGAAGCAGAAGAUGGUGGUCGCCACUUGCAUGUCAGCCAAUGGAAAACCGCCAAGCACCAUAACAUGGGAAACCCAGUUAAAAGGAGAGGCGGAGUAUCAGGAAACUAAGAACGACAAUGGCACGGUGACCGUCAUCAGUCGCUACAGGCUCGUGCCAACUCGAGAGGCUCACAGACAAUCCCUUACGUGUGUCAUAAAUUACCAAACGGAAAGAUUCACAAAGAACACCACUCUAAGCGUCCAUUAUGAGCCCCUAGUCUCAAUUGAAGGUUUUGAUGGUAACUGGUAUGUGAAGCGUCCUGAAGUAAAGCUGACAUGCAGAGCAGAUGCCAAUCCACCUGCCCACUCGUACACAUGGCGAAUGGCUAAUGGGACUCUCCCGGACAGUGCGGAUGUGAAAAAUAAUACCAUAUUCUUCCGGGGCCCGGUAACUUACAGCAUCUCUGGGACCUAUAUCUGUGAGGCCACAAACGCCAUUGGAAGUCAGACCGGUCAAGUGGAGGUUAAUAUUACAGAAUUCCCUUUCACCCCGACUCCUACAGGACAGACGUUCAAGAGCGACUCCUCCAUGUUCAGCGCGGCAAUCAUUGGAGGGGCCGUAGGCGGAGCAGUUCUAGUGCUAGCUGUUUCGGUUAUCUUGUUUGUGCUGCUUCGAAGAAGACAUCACACCUUCAAGGGGGACUACAACACCAAAAAGCACGUCUACGGAAACGGCUACAGCAAGGCUGGUGUGGCCCAGCACCCACCGAUGGCUCAAAGUUUGCAAUACCCUGAGGAUUCUGACGACGAAAAGAAACCAGGCCCGGUAGGAAGCGUUAGCUACGAAGAGGAGGAAGAUGAUGAAGGCAUAGUUGGGCGCAAAAUGAGCACAAAGUAUGAUGAUGAAUCAAAGCGCCCGUACUUCACAGUGGAAGAGGGGGAUCGCUGCGGUUAUGGUGAGGACAGAACUCUAGGGUUCCAAUAUGAGCCAGAAGAUCUUCCCGAUAACCUUGUGCCCCAGAAUGAUGGUUCCUUCAUCUCAAAGAAGGAGUGGUACGUGUGAGAGUGAUGUACAGAAUAAACUGACCUAUGUGGCUGGACACAUGCACAUGCCCUGGCCCUUGAGAUGGGGAACGUGUUUAAGGUUGUCAGGAGCAAUGAUUACGUGAUCAGAGCAUUGUCUUGUUUCUUGAUAUCUAAAGUAUUUUUUUUUUUAUGCCUCACAACUGCUGGGUCUUUGCGGCCUAAAAAAAAACAAAAAAAAAAACAGACCCCCCCUUCCAUUCCUCCUAACCGCUAUACAUUCAGCCUCACGUAACGUUGUCAUGAGGUGACGUAAACCUUACAAACAGGGUCACGGUCUCAUCGUGUUUCAGUUCCUUUCCAUAAGGUUGACACGCAACGCAUGCUUUUUCUUUACACAGUAGAUGUUGUGCGAAACGCUCAACUACUUGAUAUUGCCCUCAAUAAGGCUUGCCAUGGCUUCAUUCCGAUGCACAGAUCAUACUACUGAAAAGGCCAGAAGAGUCCUAACAUCAAAAACACAUGCAUAUGGUUCAGUAACCCCCCAAAAAACUAUCCCGAUUGUAUGUAUAUAUCAAAUAUGCAACCUUCCGGUCCCUCCUGGAAGCGGAUACAUCGCCAUCUCAUGUUGCGAGUCCAUCACAUCCUGCCAUUCCUUGCUGUAAACACUGGAAUCUACUGCUGGGUUCUUUGUAGAGUUUUUUUAUUUUUUUUGUUGGAUAGUUUUAUUAUUUCUUUGUCUACUGUUGGGAGUUUUUUAUUUUACUUUAUUCUAGGUACGGGCUGCUGGGCCGCCACAGGUACAAUCCUCUUUUAAGGGGUGAUCAUAUGUAAGAAGUAAUGGGUGGUCUCGGAGGCUUGUGAGAAUUUUGUGUUGUCUUCAUUUCUGGCUGAACAGAUCACAGUGGACAUUUCUGACAAAAACUCAACAUGGAACCUUGUCAUUGCACCCGUCCUCCAAGCGUCCAGUUCCACCCAAAAUGACAUCACGUUGACAACUGCCAAAUUGGUCGACACAAUUGUAUACUUAAGUAAACUGCUGCUCCAGGGGUAACUAAAGAAUGACUGAAUAUUCAGAAGGUGAACAUAUAUUUUUUUUGUAUUCGAGAUAAGUAAUGCAAUUGUGUAAUGUAAUGCAGUGUGGGUCUACGUGUGUUGGCGGUACUUUGUAGAAGGUAAUGGAUGCGACGUCACGUGGGUGUGCCUCCAACCUACUUCUUUUUCCAGUCCAUACAACAGAAAUGCAACAUUUUGGUAUUGUUAACGAUCACAUUGUGGAUUGCCAAUAAUUCAUAAAAACAUUAUUACAGUCUG